AUGGUCACUGGUUUUAGGUAAAAACAGAAAAAGUGGUAAUUUGGUAAUCUUUAUUGCAUAGAAAGUGACUAAUACUUGAUAAUGACUAUUGUCUCAAAUUAUGGAUUGGAGCCAAGACUCCACCUUUUAGCUUGUCCUUGUGGUGACUUUCCUCUUGCUGCUGUUGUUAUUGUUGCUGUUAGCCUGUUCCCUGAUAAAAAGCCUCUUGUUCUGUGCCUACAAAGUGAGCAACUUUGCUUUAUAUUGAGUAAGGAAGAACCUAACUUUCUCUCGGCCUAACCUGCCUGUUGGGGAAGAUAAAACAGGGGGUGUAAAAGGGACUUUGCAAGUCACCCAGAGCUGCUUGGAGGAAGGGUGGAAUUAAAAAGGAGUCAUAGACAGUUAUUUGCCAGCUGAGAAUAAAUGGCCAGGUAGCUGAAAUGAAACAAAGGUUAUGCCACAAUAAACUUUGCAAAUGGCUGCUCCAGGCAGAAAAAAAGAAAAGUUCAUUUCUGUAUGUCAUGGUAAAUCCCACCAGUUUUAAAAAAUGAAAAUGGAAAGUACGAGGAGCAUUUUCUGAACGAAGCCUCUUUUCUACUAGGAGAGUCCACAACAGCGGUAAGUACUUUCGUUUCAAGUUUUGUUUCCCAACCCACCCGACGCAGCGCCGCUACUCCUCGCCCCUCCCUCUCCCCAGAACCCUCCAUCGGUCACGUCUCUCCCCUGGCCCCGCCCCGUUCCACAACGUCACAAUGUGGUGACGUAAUCCCCCCAGAACGAGUGUUUAUAUAGACUCGGCGUCAACAACGACGCAUCCAAACAUUCUAUUCCUAUUCACAGAAGAAAAACAGCCGCCGCCGCCGAUUGAGAGACAUGGGUUCUGCCGCGACCGACCGCUCUUCUGCCAAGCCCGCCGCUCGAUCGCCCGAUCACCGCGCCAACCCCGCAGCUGCUUGCUGGAGCGAGUUUGUUACUGGCUAAUUCGAUCCGAGAGGUAAGGAGGCAAAAGUCCACCAUGGGGUCCUCUCUCUCCCCUUUCCUUGGAACCCAGGAGUCCUGGACCCCCGCAGGUACUGUGAACGGCUAGACUCGCUCCCACGCCAGACCAGGGAAUUUUGCAGACCGCUUGUUAACCGCUCGAUCUUCCCAUCCCUUCCUAGAAAACUCAGGAAUCCCGGCCGGCUUCUCGCCUUCUCCCCGCCCACGGCACCCGGGAUCCCUCCUUCGCUUUGUAUUUGGGAGUUAGACCGCCCACCACGCCUCUUUCCACACCACCCAGGCGCCUGGGCUCCUCAGCCCUAGGACCCAGGUUUUCUGCCUGCGGAGGACCCAGGAGUCCUGCCUACCACCCCGCCUCUCCAGAUUCCUUCCCGCUGGUGGUGCGUGCACUGUGCCGGCCCCCACCCCCGUAUAUCUCUUCCGCAGGUAUCCACCCAAGACCUACACCCUUUUUAAUUGCUACGUCCUCGUCCUUGCUUAAUGCAAGCAAGUUCUCGAGCUUGUUUGGAGGUUCUGGCAGGGGAGCGCAGCUAUCGUACACCCUUGACCCAAGAACGGUACACUCCUUUUAUCUGGGAUGGUCGUCCUCUUCCACCGAGGAUGCACAUGGAGCGGCCUAGCCAGCCAAAUCAGUCAAAUCAACCCUUGCGAUCAAUGGGGAGACUGAUGUCGCAGAUCGACCUCACAUCGUGCUUAAUGCGGGUCCAUAGCUGUCAACGUUUUCCUUUUUUAAAGGAAAAUUCCCUUAUUCUGAAUAGGAUUCCUCGCAAGAAAAGGGAAAAGUUGACAGCUAUGUGCGGGUCUCAGAAUGGUGUCUUGGUGCCGUGCCCCAAAUCUGUACCCCAGUAUUAUCCAUAUGGGGCAGAUCUCCAGACACCCCAUUCCAGUAGUUUCCUCAAGAUUUAGUAACGAAUAUUCUAUAUUUUUGCUGUUCCUUUUUCUUUUAAAGUAUCCUUAUUUUAUGUUGAACCCCUCCUCCCCCAAAUUGUGGCACUGCUAGUCCUAAAACAAUAGCCUUCUGUAUCUUGUCUAUGCCUCUAUGUCCUCUUUUGCAUUUUGGGGGGUCAUUCCCCCCAUUAACCUGCACCCCAGACCUCCCCUCCCCUUUGUAAAAAUGCAUUAGUUAUAUCCACUGCUCUUUUUGAGCUCUUCCAAGAUUUCGUUUUCUGUUCCUCUGCCCUCAGACUGCCACAAUUUUCCACUUCCCCCAAUACUGAAUUCCUAGGGAAGGCCAGAAAGAAGAAACUGAACUUCACCCUCAUUUGGUUUCUACCUUCCCUAGCACACCUAGUUAAGAAACUGCACCAUUUCCUUUUCGCUCCACAUUUUCAAAAAUAUCCCAUCCUACCUAACAGACUAGGAUGAAUGACAAUGAGGUUGUUACUGCCACUGUUUCGGCACCCCUACCCCAAACUUAAUACAGUAUUUACAGUACUUCACAUUAGGAAUAUCCUCAGCUAUAACCCUGGAGAGUGUGACAGUUGUCCUGUAUGACAGGGAGGGGGUCUAUUUCUGAAUGGGCCCCCUUCCUGUUUUAGAGGAGGGCUUUGAUCGUUAAGAUCGCUGUCAAAAGCGGGGUGCUCUCCAGCUGCUGUCCCACAAUCCUGAGAAUCCAUGCAUCUUUUUGCUUUGAGGGCAUUUGGAAAUCUUCAAAUGAACAUUCCCCUCCCCUCCCUUCCUCUCCCCCUACCCACCAUUUCCCGUUCUAACCUGUUGUGGGUCAGAAGGUUUGCUGUUCUUCCUCUCUCCCCGACAGCUGCACACCCGGAAUCCAGGCUGUGUGUGUGUGUGUUGUGUUAUUUCCCCCCCUUUCUGCUUCCGGACUGGGGUGUUGCCAGCGUUCCAGGGGCACUUGCUUGAGCUUGUUUGGGGCGCGCCCUGGAUUAAAUCAACCUACACAUCCAAGCCAGGAAAACAACCCAUAGGAAAAAAAGAAAGAUAAACUGAGGCGCACACAGGGGGCGGAAGUAAUCUUGCUGGAAUGUGGGGAUAAGGGCCUAGAAGUGCAGGAUUCCUGCCCCAUGCCUUAACUUCCUACCUCCUAUUUUACUCCACAGUCUUAUUCUUAGUUGGGCUUUUCCUAAUCCACUUCAUGAGUGCGUACACACCAUACAUUUUAAGCACAUCCCAGAAUGCUGGGAACUGUAGUUUGUUAAUGGUGCUGGGAACUGUAAGUUCUAUGACUGGUAACAAUUCCCAGGCUUUUGUGUGGGGGGUGUGCUUUAAAUGUGUGUUGUGUACAAAGCUAAGGUGUGUAUUAAAGUUUCCUCUUAUUUGUAACUUUUUUAAAAAAAAUACUUUGUUACAAAAGAAAACACUCACCAAAGGAUUUCUUGUUAAGAACAGUUAAACAAACACUGAAACCAUUCAUAUUCCGCCCUCAAACAACCUCCAAAAAAACAGGAUGCCAUUGUACAUAUCAUUAUAUUGCUUGGAACAAAUAAUACAUACACCCUGAGCUCCCAAAAAUGCAGUAUCAAUCGGGGAAGGGUGCUAUUUGCUACAGAUACCAUAACCCAUUCUCCUUCAGGACAUUUCUUGCCUAAGGCCUCCAUUCCAGAAUCUGUUGUUGGUGCCAAGUCUCAGUCCAUACUGGGCUUAGUCAUAGCAGCCCUGAUUACGCACAGAAGGCCUUUACUCACAGCUUAGAAAUUAAGCAGCAUAUAAAAUACCAUAUAAAUAAGUAAUAAAUACUUCACAGCUUGAGUACUGUAUAAACAACCUGUUCUUCCACACUCUGGAUUAAGGGAACAGGCCUUUCAGGUGGAUUCAGGAUAGGUUUCAGGUCUUGUAUCUCCUCUGUGUGUGUGUUUUAAAUGUCUUGCUUACAGGAGAGAUUACAGCUUAGUGGUAAAUGAAAUGCUUUGCAGGCAGAACUUCCUAGAUUCAAUCCUUGGCAUCUCCAGGAAAAAAAGGAAAUGUGGGCGGCGGGGGAAGGACCAGGUAGUGGAGAUGAAACCCUGGUGAACUAUUGCCAGUUGAAAGAAGACAAUGCUGAACUAGAGGCACAAAUAGCUCCCAUAUGCCCUAUACAGUGGUACCUCGGGUUACAGACGCUUCAGGUUACAGACUCCGCUAACCCAGAAAUAGUAUCUCAGGUUAAGAACUUUGCUUCAGGAUGAGAACAGAAAUCACGCAGAGGCAGCGGGAGGCCCCAUUAGCUAAAGUGGUGCUUCAGGUUAAGAACAGUUUCAGGUUAAGAACGGACCUCUGGAACGAAUUAAGUAUGUAACCAGAUGUACCACUGUAUAUUAAAGCAGUAUCAUACCACUUUAAAUAGUCAUGGCUUCCCCCAAAGAAUUCUGGGAAGUGUAGUUUAAGGGGGCUGAGGUUUGUUAGGACACACACACACUAUUCCCCUCACAAAACUGCAAUUCCCUGAGUGCCCUGGCAAGAGGGAUUGACUGUUAAACCACUCUGGGAAUCUGUACCUCUGUGAGAUGGCUUGGUGUUCUCCUAACAAUUCUCAGCACCCUCAACAAAUGACAGUUCCCAGGAUUCUCUGGGGGGAGCCAUGGCUGUUUGAAAGCAGUAUCCUAUUACUUUAAUAUAUAGUGCAGAUGGGGCCUAAGUCUGACCCCUUCCUAUAAUGCAGCAAAACAAAACAUACUGGAAUCUGACUCUCUGGGCUUUCCCCAGCACCACUUUCAGAUUUUUAAUAGCUGGUGGCUUAUUUUCACUUUGCUUCUUUUCAGGUCUAAGAUGCCCCCUCACAUCACAUCCAGCCAUCUGACAUCACCCCCCUCAGACACAGAGAGGUUGUUGGUUUGCUGUGACCCCUUCAGGCUCAAAAUGGCUAAAAUCCUCCCUGCUGAAUCGAGCCAGUCCAGCCCUGCUGGCAAAUUCAACAUGGCGGCCGUGAUUCUUGGACGUAUGGCCCAGAUUGCUCUGGACUGGGUAAGGAGGUGGUUGCACCUCUGGCAGCAUAGCCCUGCCACCCUGGUGAGGGCUGUGUUGAUGGGCAUUGCCAAGGGGGCAAUGCCCAUCUUAGGGAAGACGAAGCAACUCUUAAGAGGAACUUGGGAGGAACUUGGAAGAGAAGAAAGCAAAGUGGAGGGACGAAACUUGAAAGCUGCCCAUCUAGGGUACUUUUCCCUGGACAGUCACAAGUGUUACCCUCAAAGGGAUACGGAAAGCUUGGCUGAAGGCGGACAUUUUGAAGAGGACCUGGCACUGCUUCUGCCUGCUUCUAAUGGUCCAUCCAAAAUGGAUAGCAUGCGUUUGGAAGAGGAUGGCAUUUCUGAACCGUACUUGAUCAGCACUUCCAUUGCCUACGACCUUGGAAAUGACUGGGACGUUUCUUCAGAAGAAGACAUGGCGUUGGAAGGCAGAGAGAACCCUGGGAGUUCCCCCCAGAAAUGGCUGGAAUAUUGUUGCCAUCCGCAAGCAUUGAUGAAAGGAUUGAAUAUUGGCGGAUACUGUAGGGAGAAUGUGGAAAGUUCCUGUAGCCACCGUGGAGAGUUAAAGGAUUUUGGAGGGGGCUUUUGUUUGGAAAGUACCUCCGCUUCCCAGGGAAACGAGGAGGGCCCGGGAUCUAGUGGGGAUUUGGUGAUGCGUGACGGGCAAAGCUUUGAAAGUCCAUCUAAUUCCCCAAAGGAUGGGGAAGAGAUAGAAGCAUACAAGAAAGGUGGAGAUAAGGGUGCGUUCAACUCAGUCUCCUGUGUUUCCAAAAGCCCCCUUGUCCUAUCCUUGUUCUACAGUCCAUCAGAGGAAGAGGAGGAUGGCAGUGACGAUUCAGAGGACUGGUGGAGCGAAGACGAGAUGGAAGAGAGCAUUCAGUCUGGAGGGCACUCGGGGAACGGGGAGAACCAUCUGGAAGCGGAAGCAGACUCUCUGCAUCAGGAUGUAUUGGAGAGCCUCUGCAAAUCUUUUUUUGCAAGGAAUGACCCUUUUCACCCACUCUGCUUUUCCAAGCCCAUUCAAGCCCCCACAUCUGCCCCUCAGCCUACGGCCAAGAAGCACAAGGAAAUCACGGUCACCUUUUAUCAGACAAGGCUGGAUUCUAAGCCUGAGGAGCUACGUAAUCCACCAACGCGACCACGUUUCAAGUGGAAUCCAAGAGUUUCCUCCAGGCAUCCAUCUCAGAAAUGUUGCCAGCCAGACUCUGAGGAAAACUCUGAUCCUGUGACCACAGAAGUGUCAUCCGUUUCCCAGGAGGCAAACCAGGUGAUUAAGAAGGUGAGUUGCUUUAAAUACUUUGUGUGUGGACUAACCAGAACCCCUAGGUUCUCCAGAGGAUGAGUCUUGAGGGAGACAGUUCAGAAACACGUGUGUGUGUGUGUGUGUGUGUGAGAGAGAGAGAGAGAGAGAGAGAGAGAGAGAGAGAGAGAGACAUUCCAUAAUUAGGAAUUGCUAACGCCCUUGGUUCUGCCCCUCACAAAUUACUAGCCUGGAUUAGAUUUGCCCAUUUCAUUCACAAAUGUUUCAGGAAGUCUUCCUAAUUUUAUCACUUAACUGCUGUGUAUAACUACUAUGUUUACACAGCAGUGGUUAUGAGUAGAAAAUUGGGUGUUACAGAAGCUAUUCCCCACCCCACCCUGUGCCCUUUUUGACAGCUGAAGUUAAGGCAGAAAUUAAACAGGUAUAGCUUUUGUUUACAUAAAUUAAUCAAAGUAACACUCUUCCUGUUUUUUUUAAACAAUUGAAGGCAUCUCAGACAGGCUUUUACAAUGAUAAACAAUUCUUUCUGUCAGCCUCAGUAGAUCAGAGCGGUUUGAAAUCUUAGCUGAUGAACUGAAAAGCUAUUUUAAAAAAAACCUGAAAGCGGGCAUCUCGCAGGGUAAAGGAUGCCUAGCUUAGGGUACUCUGGUGGUCUUGAUGGGCACAGUAUGGUCAUAGCAGGGAACAAAGUGUUUCUGGUGAUACUGUAGCGCUAAACCAUUUUAAAGAAUCGGCCUGAGUUGGAGCGAUGGGGAAAGCUCCAUCUGUUGAAAUUAUGUAUUCACAGGGAUUUUCUUCCUCAAAGGAAGAAAAGUGAGCAUGCUGUGUGUGUCUUGGGGUGAGAACUGAACAGUAAUACCUCUGGUUACAAACUGUCCUCCUUGCGAACGCUUCGGGUUACGAGCUUCGCUAACCUGGAAGUAGGUCUCCUGGUUGCGAACUUUGCCUCUGGAUGCGAGCAGAAAUCACGCGCCAGAGGCUCCAUUAGCGAAAGCGCGCCUCAGGUUAAGAACGGUUUCGAGUUGAGAAUGGACCUCCAGAACGAAUUAAGUUCAUCAUGGCUGUUGCGCAGGGAGAAAGGGGUUGCUAAUAAUAAUAAUAAUAAUAAUAAUAAUAAUAAUAAUAUAUUAUUUGUACCCAUCUGGGCGGCUUCCAACAAAGAUUAAAAUCAAGGGAGUCAAUAAUGUUGGAUUCUGCUCCCCCAACAUAAAGCCUGCCCCCCUUACAUAAAUCCUGGCUACGCCCAUUCUCCUUUUCUAAGCUGCCUUCUCUCCCAUUCUAAAGAUACCUUACUCAGCCCUCAGUUUUUACUUUCUGCACCCCACCUUGUUCCCUGUUAGCACCACCCUAGAAUCUCCUUAAUGCUCCUUGGCCUCCCCCGUCCUGCUGUUGGUUUCGCCCAUCCUGAAAUAUCGUGUAACAUCCCUUUCAUGCAACAUGACCAACCAGGAAGUGGAUGAUGUAAGGCUGGGUCAUUUCCCAGCAGACAGGACUCCCCUGCCUUACUCUCACUGUUCCCCCUCCCUCCUUUUGUCCACAGAGUGUCAGUAGAUCUAUUGGAAGCUGAGCUUAGUAGUUUGCUUAGUCACCUUCCACAAAUGCCCCAAAUGUAAGAACAGCAGCACACAAAAUAACAAGAUCAAUUUAAGAACAAUGCAAAGUGGACACCCACAACAGAAACCUAUAGUUGCUAGUCCUACUCAGAGUAGACUCAUUGAAGUUAAUUAACAUGACCAACUUGGGUUCAUUUUAGUGGGUCUACUCUGAGUAGGACUCAGUUGUAUACAGCCUCUCUUCCUCCAGCUAGGAAAUGCAACUGUGUGCAGUGCCCACAGUUGUGUGAAACCCAAAGCGAUGCUCAAGACGCAGCUAGAGAUUAGCAAUGGAACUCAAGGAGUCGUGGAAAAGUGUUCCUCUGAGCAUGGGUAGAGAGUGCCUUUGCCUUACUCUUGAGCAGCCACAGCCAGCCUCCAGAAACCUAUCACUUGAGGGGGUAAAUAAAAAUAAUAGCUAAUAUAUUGUUAGUGUUUAUAUCCCGCUUUUUCUCUCCAAGGAGCUCAAGAUGGUGUACAUGGUUUCCCCCCCCUUCUCAUUUAAUCCGCAUAACAACCCUGUGAGGUAGUUUAGUCUGAGCAGCAGACUGGUCCAAGGUGAAAGUCAUGGCUUGGUAGGGGAUUUGAACCCUGGGCUCCCAGGUCCUACUCCAACACUUCUGACACUGUAAGAGCUGUUCAACAGAGAAACAGUCUCCCUUGGGAGAUGGUGAACUCUCCUUCCUCGGGGGUUUUUAAGCAGUGGUUGAAUGGCCAUCUGUCCUGGAUGCUUUGGUUGAGAUUCCUGCAUUGCAGGGGGUUGGACUAGAUAACACUUGGGGUCCCAUCUAACUCUCCAGUUCCAUUAUUCUAUCACACUGGCUUUCAUGUAUGGUGUCUAAAUAGGAGUAAGAGGUGGUUUGCAUCAUCUCUCUUGCCUAGGGCAAGUUUAAAUUAAGGUCCUGAUUCAGUACCCACAGAAAAGGAAGUGGACUAAAACUAGGGACAACACAAGGCUGUUCUUCCCUGUCCUUGGCUGGAAUGGUUACAGCCAGGAUGAUAACCUGUUGCACAUCCUGAAACAUCUGGAGAGAAGCAGCUUCCUAACCCCUGGAGCACAGUGAUGGCCUUAAAACAUGAUAUUUGGCUUGUUUAGCUGAGAAAAGACAGUAGGAUUCAGCAGGGCCAUUACAGGACGAAAAAAACCAACCUGUUAACUGUAUGAGGUCUAGCCAAUUAUUUAGUUUAGUAGCAUUGGCAUAAAUUUGCUUAAGAGCAAGAAAAUACCUGUCCCACUAUCCUCAUAGCCUCUCAAUUUCCUCAGGUCCGAUUCUCUCCGGUGGUGACCGUUCACCCACUGGUGGCCUGGAGCUACGCAUCUCGGGCUGCCCGCCGUGGCCCCUGGGAAGAAAUGGCCCGCGACCGAUGCCGCUUCCGCCGGAGGAUUGCUGAAGUGGGAGCCAUCUUGGAGCCUUGCCUGAGGGCGGAACACCGGGCCAAAGCUUGGAGGGAGAUCUAUGGGGUUCAGGAAGAAGGCAGCAACGACAACUCCCCUCUCUUUUCUGGUUCUGCUGAGGCAGAUUAAGCUGUGGCUCCAGAUUAAGUCAGGAAUGAAAUGGCUCUUCAAGAUAUGGCAGCCAUGAAGUAAACCGUCCAUUAGAGAUACAUAUAAAGGGUUCUGAGGUUUUGAGAGCCAAAUUGAAUCCUUUUUUUAAACACUGGAGAUCAUAAGGGGAGGCUCAUGGGUCUGAAAGGAGGGCCGUGUGUGUGUGUGUGUGAUGUAGCAAGAUUUAAUUCUGGGCCUGAAAUCCACAUUCUCUCAGGGUGGAGUGGGGCCCUGAAGUUGCCGUGAGGAGCAAGAGCUUCUGUGCUCUGAUAUUUCUGAAUAAAUGCACUGAUGUAAAGCUGCUACUACCUCAGUUGAUUUGAAGGAUGUGGCUGCCAGGCCCUUAGUCUACAAUGUGUGUAGCAUAACACAAGGAAUUGGUGGCCCUGGUGGACACGCCAGUGUGUUAUGUGCAUGCUCUAGUUUACACAUGAUGUUAAGUGGACAGAAUUUCCUAAUGUAUUUCUAUUUUACAUGCUAGUUAUCUUUCAAAGCAAGCCUUUGAGAUUUCUUUAAGUAGUAUUUCCCCCCUCCCCCUUAAUUUCAAAAUAUGUAUUAAAUUAUUAGUAAUGGUGAUGUGAACUCCCAGGAUGGAGCAGAGACUUGAUGUCUGUAUGUAUAAUUUAUCUGUCCACAAAUUAUUACUUUUUUAAAUAAUAAAAAAAUUACAGCUAUUA